ACUUGUUAUCGAUGAUAUAUUCGAAAACAUACUUAAAGACGAAAAUGUGGGAAAGGAAGCCGGAAGCAUUAUGUGUACUAACAGAAGAUUCAACAGCCUUUUCACCAUAGUUUUCUUUAAAGAACUCAAUUACUACAUCAAACAAAUAAGAGUUUUUGAAACUGUAUCCCUACCACAAACUGAAGAUGAGAUAACCUCUGAAAUCAAUAAUAUCGAAAACAUGGAGCUCUUGGAAUCACUCCCAGAAAUCAAAAUGUACGGAAGUGAAUUUCUACUGAGAGUUAUGACCAAAAAUAAAUCCUUUGAAAAUAUUUUCCUUAGAAACAAAGAUCAAGCUACCACCGAGUACAUUUAUAUGAUAUUAGAAGACAUAAUUAUUAGAGACGAUUUUGACAGUCACAUAUUCGCCAUUAUUAAAAAGGUCUUUUCUCUCGAAGCACUCAAAAAAAAUGGAUUACAAGAUAUGUUACGAAAAAAAUACCAAGAAAAAGUACCAUAUGAAAUAGAUGUUAUCAAAUUAUUAAAUUUAUGGUGUGUUGUAGAUAAUUUUGAAGAUCACGAAGAACCACUCACUGCAAAAAAAUUUAUCGACUCAGUAAUAUUCUAUCUAAAUAACACAUCAG